CCAUUAUACGAGAUAUUGAUAAAGAUUGAACCUUUUGUUUCCAUCUAAAGAGAUUGAAUAGUGGCAGCUAGAAUAUAUACCAAUAUAAAGUAAAUCCCCCCCAAAACAGCUGAAAAAAAAAAAAAAAAACUAAAUUUUAAAAAGUUACAUUAGAGCCCAAUCUUUUCUUAACAUACGAGAGAAAAAACAAAAUUAACGGACAUUAUCCAUACAAAAUUGCGAGAACAACAUCAAUAUUUCCGAGCUGAGCCUCUUUGCUAACUACCUUUCAAACUCUCUUUACCUAAGACUUGUGGCCUAUGCCAUGACACCUACCUUCAAAGCAGCACCCGUCACAAGCCAACCGAAUUCCCUUCGUUCAAUUUCUAAUAUAUAUGUCCUACCCCAAUUCACUCACAUUGAUGGUAGGGUAACUAAGCCAAGAACAGCCAGUAGCUUCGAUCGGAAACCGCCAUGAACAGCGCCACCGCGGAGCCUCUACUGAACAACGAAAACCACCGCGUCGAAGAGAAUGUUAAGGCGGUGAGCGUGGUGAGGGAGUUCGGCGAGGAGUCGAAGAGGCUGUGGAGAAUCGCGGGGCCGGCGAUUAUGACCGCCAUAUUUCAGUACUCGCUCGGGGCGAUCACUCAGACUUUCGCCGGCCUGGUCAGCGAGAUCGACCUCGCCGCCGUCUCCAUCGAGAACUCUGUCAUCGCCGGCUUUUCCUACGGCGUCAUGCUGGGAAUGGGCAGCGCUUUGGAGACGCUAUGCGGGCAAGCAUUCGGUGCGGGACAGCUCAGAAUGCUUGGCGUGUACAUGCAGCGAUCGUGGGUCAUCCUGCUGACCACUGCGUGUAUUAUCGUUCCCGUCUACGUCUUCUCUACUCCUAUUCUUGAGCUCGUCGGCGAGACCACCGAGAUCUCUGAAGCCGCAGGAAAGUUCGCCUUGUGGAUGCUUCCGCAACUGUUCGCAUAUGCCAUGAACUUCCCGAUACAGAAAUUCCUGCAAGCGCAGAGGAAAGUUCUGGUAAUUACGUGGGUGUCGGGCAUAGUGCUGGUGCUCCACGUGUUCUUCAGCUGGCUGCUGAUUCUGAAGCUGGGAUGGGGCCUGACCGGCGCCGCCAUCGUCCUGAACGGCUCGUGGUGGCUCGUCAUAAUCGGCCAAUUGCUCUACAUCUUCAUCACCAAGUCCGACGGCGCUUGGACCGGAUUCACUUGGCUUGCUUUUGCCGACUUGUGGGGCUUUGUCAAGCUCUCUCUGGCUUCUGCCGUUAUGCUAUGCUUGGAGUUUUGGUACUUGAUGGUACUCAUCCUUAUAACAGGCCGCUUACCCAAUUCUCUAAUAGCAGUCGAUGCCGUCUCUGUCUGCCUGAACAUUCAAGGAUGGGAUGCUAUGAUUGCGAUAGGCUUUAACGCGGCCAUAAGCGUGAGAGUAUCAAAUGAACUUGGAGCCGGGAAACCAAGAGAAGCAAAGCUUGCAGUGAUGGUAGUGUCUGUAACGUCUAUAACAAUUGGAAUAGUCUGCAUGGCUGUUGUGCUUGCAACCAAAGACUACUGGCCUUAUCUCUUCACAAGCAGUGAUGCUGUUGCCGAAGAAACUACCAAAAUCGCCGUCCUCCUUGCAGUCACAGUCGCUUUAAACAGCCUUCAACCCGUCUUAUCUGGGGUUGCUGUGGGAGCUGGGUGGCAACAUAUAGUGGCAUACAUCAACAUUGGAUGCUAUUACAUUGUUGGAUUGCCUGCAGGCAUUCUAUUGGGAUUUACACUUGGGCUUGGAGUCAUGGGUCUUUGGGGAGGAAUGCUGGGAGGCAUUUGCUUGCAGACACUUAUUUUAAUAGUCAUCACUUCCAUCACAAACUGGAACAAGGAGGCUGCGGCAGCAGAAACUCGAGUCAAGGAAUGGGGAGGCGCAAUUGCAGAUCAAUAAUUUCGACGAAAAUUGAAGGUUUUAAUGGGCCGUGGAGAGCAAUUUUGCAGACAGGGAAGUUGAUCAUGGAUACAGCUUAUCGUGUGUUGUUCACGUAAUUCAUUCUUUCCUGAUCAUCUCUCCUGAUUGUUAAAAGUAACCUUAUGAUGGAGAUGCAACGACAAAUGGUUGGAUCUUCUCAUUGCUUGAGCUUCUUGUUUUCACCUUAUUUGAGCCUGGACACAUUAUGGUUCUCUUGUAUAUAGGGGCGGCAGUGAGUUCUUUUUUGGUGUUAAGGUUUUUUCUUAUCUCUGUAAUGCUCGACAUUUAAGCAAUUUUGUAACGAUAAUUGUUGACUGCCCCUCCUAUACAAGAAACAAAAAUAGACAAUUUUGUAGUUUGCUA